GAAAGAUGUCACCCUGUACGUUACUGGCCGGCUGUAGUGUGCUGUUGUGCCUGUUGAAUCCAAUCUUUGGCCAGACGAUAUGCGAUACCAUCCAAGCUGGACAAUGGGUGAGAGACGCCCAAGACUGUACAGUGGCUCACCAGUGUGGCUUUGAAGGUGAAAUUGCCCAAUCGACUCAUUGUAACACAAGCCAAGUGUGGUCAAAUCUUGCCCAUGCCUGUGUGUGGGAAGGAGACCCUGACAGAGAUGAUUGUAACGGAAACCCGCACGUUCCUAUCGCUGACGACCCACGCUGUGUAAAGAAACAUGGUAACAACGUUGACCCCGAUGACUGCUCCAGAUUUAUUUCCUGUACCAAUGGCACUUUAAUGGCAUUUCAACGCUGUGGAGACGGUACUCUAUACUACCCAAAGAAUGACAGUUGCCAAUUUGCCCACGCUGUUGCCCAUGAUUGCGGUAAUAGAAGGAUCCCAGACACCAUUCUUAUCCCUGACGAAGAUCCGAUGUGUCAAGAUGUGAAAGACGACGUUGUUCCUGAUCCAUCCAGUUGUUACCAUUUCUAUUACUGCCACUAUGGACGUUUAGGACCAAGACACCGAUGUCCAGCUGGCACCGGCUUCUCUACGCACAGUAAGUCCUGCGAAUGGUCGGCCAAGACAAGUUGUGGUGGACGCAUGCGGCGUUAAGUCUUUACCACAUGACUUAAACAUCCUUAAAACAAUCAGUUUUUAGCAGGACCGUACAAGUAUUAAAGAAAGCAACACUAAUAACAAAUAAUAACAACGCCAACAAUGACGACAACAACAACGAAGACGAUGACAAUAAGAGGAGGAAGAAUAGGACAAAGAAUAUCAAAUGUAUUUUUUUGUGCAAAUGAUAGCUGAGCUGUUUCUAGGAAGACAAGCUCAAUGGAUUAGUAUUCUAAAGGUCUAUUUAUACCUUUCUUCUAUAUUACGCUGAUUCUGUCUCAUUUACAUUUAUGUAACUUUGAAAAUAAACUACAA